UAACAAUCCUAACUUGUUUCCACAUAGUUUUAAUUUAUCAGACUUUAUUUUCCUGUAACAAAUGACUUGGACACCCACAAAUUUGACAUUUUCUGAUUAUUUUUCUGAUAUCAGGCUACAGAGAGAGGCAUGGUCUCCCAUUUCCACCACAACCCCUGAUAACAGCGAGGCUCCCAGGACUAGAAAAACCUCCUUCUGGCAACGCUGGUCUCUUCAUAACAAGAAAAGCCCUCCAGGGGAUGUACGCUCUGGAGAUGGUGAUAACUCAAGUCUGCAGAAGAGGCUACAGAGAGAGGCAUGGUCUCCCAUUUCCACCACAACCCCUGAUACCAGCGAGGCUCCCAGGACUAGAAAAACCUCCUUCUGGCAACGCUGGUCUCUUCAUAACAAGAAAAGCCCUCCAGGGGAUGUACGCUCUGGAGAUGGUGAUAGCGCAAGUCUGCAGAAGAGGCUACAGAGAGAGGCAUGGUCUCCCAUUUCCACCACAACCCCUGAUAACAGCGAGGCUCCCAGGACUAUAAAAACCUCCUUCUGGCAACGCUGGUCUCUUCAUAACAAGAUAAGCCCUCAAAGUGAUUUACGCUCUGGGAAUGGCGAAAGCUUAAGUCUUCAGAAGAGCCAGCAGACAGAAGCACCCUCUCCUUCUACCAUCACAACCAGCGAGGCUCCUAGAACUAGAAAAACCUCCUUCUGGCAUUGUUGGCGUCUUCUUAACAAGAAAAAGCAGAGCCAUCUCCAACAAGAUGUGGACGCGGUCACAAUCCAUUCACCUUCAGUGACAGAAAUGAGUUGUUGCACAAGUGAGAAGUCUCAGGGAGGAGAGACUGGUGUCGAGUUCAGGGCCUCACCUGUUCUUGACAGUCCUGUCUCUGCUCACCAUGAGCCGCAUCUCCAAGUAGUCCCACAAUGCUCCACCACUAUACAAUGCACUGGUGAUUUUGGGGAUGUCGAAGAUGGAGGACUGGAUGGUUCUUCUGCAUCUUCCAGAGAAGGAGACUCCCAAACUGGCCAGAACAGCAGAGUGGAAGAGACUGUCUUGUCCUCUACUGCCACAGCACAGAUCAUAAACAACCAAGAGGACUGCAAAGAAAGCGAGGCUGAUGUCCAAGACAACAUCCAACCUGCGUCUGAAAGUCAAGACAAGACUCCCGAGAAAGAUUGCCCUUGAAGAGCUAACGCACCUGCCAUCAGGGCUUGCAAAAUGAGUCACAUUUCUUUAACUUUUCCACAUAUAGUCAUAUUACAAACAAAAAAUACAAAUACAUUUUAUUGGAGUUUUAUGUGAAAGACAAAGUGGUAUACAACUGUGAUGUAGCAAGAAACUAAUACAUGGUCUCUUUUUUUAACAAAUAAAAAACUGAAAAGAGCAACGUGCAAAAGUAUUCAGCAUCCCCCAGUAAAUAUUUCUUGGAACCGCGUUGUGCGGUAAUUACAGCUGC